AUGAUCAAGUCACCAACUGGCUGGACUCCUACCAAGAUUUGCACAAGCCCAAGAUGGUAUCCAUACUUCAAGGAUUGCAUUGGGACAAUAGAUGGUACUCAUGUCACUGUCAGAGUGUCGAGGUCACAAGCUGUGACAUUCAGGGGGAAGAAGCACUACACAAGCCAGAAUGUGCUUGUUGUUGUUGACUUUGAUCUGAAGUUCACCUAUGUGCUGGCUGGCUGGGAAGGGUCAUCACAUGAUGCUAACAUACUUAGUGACAACAUUAGUCGUCCUGAUGGCAUCAACAUCCCUGAUGGCAAGUUCUACCUAGGAGAUGCUGGCUAUGCAUGUCGGCCAGGUGUUCUUCCACCCUUCAGGAAAACUAGAUACCAUCUGAACGAGUUCUUUGAUAGGAACUAUGCUAGGACUCCCCAGGAACUGUUCAAUCUCAGACACUCCAGCCUUAGAGUAACAAUUGAGAGGGCAUUUGGAGCUCUGAAGAACAGCGCCAACGCCGCGGCCAUUUUCACUUUCCAGUAUCCACCCGCGGCGGCGCUCCUCCUCCUCACUGUUGAAUCCCGCCCCACCUGCUCCGCCCUCGAACUGCUCGUCUGCUUGCCCCACCCCCCUCUCGCUCACGGGCGCGGCGGCUCCGGAAGAAAUCGGGGCAGGGCCUGGCCGCGGGAGCUCCUCGACGAGCUUGGAGACUUCGGCGCUGACUUGGGCCGGACAAAUCGGUGCCCGCCUGCUCUUGGAUUCACGGGUCGAGCUCAGGUGAUGCUGCCUGCUGGAUUCCCCGAUCUGGUGAUGCUGCAUUCCCCCCUUUUUAUUCUGCUGAUUCCUUCUUCCUUCCGUUCCCGCAGGGCGCGUCACCUGUUCGACGGAAUGCUCAACAAGACCGCGGCGAGCGGCAAGGGUCACUUCGGCGACCUCACCGACGACCUCCUCCGGCACGUCUUGUCCUUUCUGCCUGCUGCUGAUGCCCUGCAGACUUGCGUGCUCGACACUGGGUGGCGUGACCAUUGGAGGCGCACCACCAGCCUGCCCCUCAUCUUUGACCAGUCGAGUUUCCCGAGCUCUGAACGUUUCAAACAGCUGGUGAAGCUCUUCAUCCACAUCCGUGGGAACUCACCUCUCGACAAGUGCAAGAUUGUUGCCUGUCUCGAUGACGUGGAGGAGCGCACAUACACAAAUACCAUUCUGUUGAUCGAGUACGCUCUGAAGUGCCAAGUUAAGGAGCUCCUACUCAGUGUUGCUGUUGACAAAGACUUUGAGUUUGAGCCACUAAUACUUGAUGCGCCUCUCAUCUCUCAGCACUUGAAGAUCCUACACCUUGAGCGGUUUGAAUUAAAACGCUCCACUCUGAAUUUCUCGCGCUGCUCGGUAUUGGAGGAACUAGAGAUGCAAGAUUGCAACAUUGAUGCACGCAGGAUAUCUUCCAAAUCGCUAAAGCGUCUCUGCAUUACCGACUUUUGUUCCUUCCCUACGAAGUUUCACAUUCGGAUAUUUCUCCGGAACUGUGAGUAUGAGGACUGUAGCUAUCAUGCUUAUCCAGUUGAUGAGGGUGUGCUUCUCCAUGGUUUGUCCAAUGCUGUGAAUUUGGAGUUGGUAGGCGAUACUUAUUUCGAACUGUUUAUCUAUAGAUGGGAUUUAGAAUGCUGCCCCAUAUUUGACAAACUAAAGACUCUAUCACUCAAUGAGUGGUUUACGACUAUUGACCUACUGUGCAUUCUCCAACACUCUCCAGUUCUUGAGGUGCUCACUCUUCAGCUUGGUAGCACUGAGAAAUUCGUUAGAGCAACAGGAGCAGAAGAAAAGAUAGAGCAAUCAUUUGUAUGCUCGCACCUUAAGGUUGUCAACAUUGAAUGUAGAAAGGUCGAUGAGGGAGUUCACAAAAUUCUGAAGUUCUUGAGUAAAUGUGGCAUACUUCGUGAUCAAAUUAGCAUCACUCACCGUUUCAGUUUCCAGAAGCCUAUGCGUCCCUUGCCUCGGUCUACCACGGAACCAGGCGGACUCUCCAGUUUCCACCCGUGA